AUGGGUCUCUCUACGCGUCAGAAACAGGAAAGCUCGGCAGACCAGUUCCUGGAUCUGAUAGCUGAUCCAUUCCAAGCUACUGUUCAACAGAACUCUAUAUACGCCGCCAUCGUAUACUCCUUCGUCGUCGCCGGCCUCCUCUUCCUCGUCUUUUGUUUCCUCCGUCCGCGAAACAACCGCGUCUACGCACCACGAGCUAAACAUGCCGACGAAAGACACCGACCGCUGCCGCUGGACAAAGGUCCAUUUGGGUGGAUCAGAGCCGUCAAGGAUGUGAAGGAGCAAGAUCUUGUGGAUAAGGUUGGCUUAGAUGCCGUCCUGUUCAUGAGAUUUCUCCGAAUGGUCCGAAACAUUUUCGUUGUGCUCAGUGUCAUCGGCUGCGGCAUUCUGAUUCCAGUCAAUGUUGUUGGAGGAUCGCCAUCCUACAAGCAGUGGAGCAACAUCCCCACCCUUAUGAAGUUCACACCACAAUACAUCUAUGGAACAAAAUUCUGGGCGUUCGUCUUUGUGGCUUACCUGUUCCAGGGGACCAUUUGUGGAUUUAUCUGGUGGAACUACAGGGCAGUGUUCCGGUUGAGGCGCGCGUAUUUCGAUAGUGCAGAGUAUAAGGCUAGUCUGCACUCGAGGACGUUACUGCUUACCCAUAUUCCCAAUUCCUCGCGAACUGACGCCGGAAUUGCCGAGCUGAUCGAGUCGGCAAAACCUAUGGAGGAUACCCCUCGAACGGUAGUCGGCCGCAACGUCAAGGACCUGCCUGAAUUGAUCGAGCAACACGACGAAGCGGUACGAGAGCUUGAACAGCACCUCGCCAAAUAUCUUAAGAACCCAAAUCAAUUGCCAGCGAAAAGGCCGACGUGCAAACCCAAGAAGGACGAUGUGACGAUUCACGGAAAGGGCAAGGUCGAUGCAAUCGAUUACCUAACCGAUCGCAUCGCAAGGCUUGAGGCUUCCAUCAAAGAGGUUCGAGAAGGCGUAGACAUGAGGAAUCCUAUGUCCUAUGGUUUCGCUUCUUACUCCCGCAUUGAAGAUGCGCAUGCUGUUGCAUACGCAACAAAGAAGAAGGGCCCGAAAGGAUGCGAUGUGCACCUUGCACCAAAGCCCCACGAUCUUCUCUGGCAGAACCUCUCAAUGAGCCGCAGGACACGUCGCGCAAGAGCAUUCUGGGACGGACUAUGGAUGGUACUUUUCACCAUCGCUUUCGUCGUACCUAACAUCUUGACCUCGGUUUUCUUAUCAGACUUUGCACAUCUAGGUCUUGUUUGGAAGGACUUUCAGACUAAUCUUAAUGCUCAUCCCACUGGAUGGGCUAUCGCACAAGGUAUCUUGGCUCCUCUGGUGCAAACACUGAUGUACAUGGGUGUUCCGAUCGUUUUCCGCCGGUUGUUUACUCACUCGGGUGACGUCUCGAAAACCUCCCGAGAACGUCACGUUGCAUCCCGUCUUUACGCCUUUUUUGUAUUCAACAACCUUCUAGUUUUCUCAGUAUUUGGAUCCGCCUGGCGCUUUGUUGCGGCUGUCGUUGCAGCACAGGACAAGGGUGUGUGGGAGGCCAUCAAGAGCGGCCAUCCCUUUACGCAGCUGACGACUGGACUCUGUAGCGUUUCUACUUUCUGGCUCACGUGGCAGAUGCAGAGAAACCUCGGCGCUGCAAUUGAUCUUUCGCAGGCCUGGGUCUUUACGUGGACCUGGAUUCAGCGAACCUUCUUCUCUCCUACGCCGCGUGAGCUGAUUGAGCUCAGUGCUCCUCAGCCGUUCCCCUAUGCAGAGUACUACAACAACUACCUCUUCGUCUCUACGAUCGGCCUUUGCAUGGGUGCGCUGCAGCCUAUCAUCCUUCCCGUUACCGCCUUCUACAUUGGCAUGGAUGCCAUCUUUAAGAAGUAUCUUCUACAAUAUGUCUUCAUCACCAAGACCGAGUCUGGAGGACGUUUCUGGCGCUUGCUCGUCAACCGUCUGCUCUUCGCUGUGUUCCUUGGCAAUGCCGUCAUUGCUCUGGUGGUCGGCGCUCGAGGUAUCGGCGAAUCCAACGUCGUCCAAAACGGUACAAUGUUGUACGCCAUGGUGCCCCUCCCCUUCCUCCUCUUCGGCUUCAAAUGGUACUGCAAGAAGUCCUAUGAUGACAAACUGCUCUAUUACUCUACUCUUCCCUUCUCAGACCUUGAGAACACACACAACGCAAACCACCCCAAGGCAAGGAAGGGCGACAAGGUCGGCGUCCGUUUCGGCAACCCGGCUAUCUACAAGAAAUUGAUCACGCCCAUGGUGCACGCGAAAUCCCAGCACCUGCUGAAGGAAAUCUACGGACACCGUUCCAACGCCGGCAACGAAAUCUUCGCCGCUCCGCACCGUAGGUCCACCGACCGCGCUACACCCGCCAACUUAGGGUAUGGCGACAUGUACCUGACAGACAUGGACCAUGAACAACCCGGGCGCCUAUCCUCGAAUACCGGUGUAGGAAUGCCUAACGUCGAAGUGAUCGAGGAAGAAGACCUAGACUUUCAGAACUUCAAGCGCCGCGCCGAGUUCAGGGAAGAAUUUGGCGGCGACGGCGAACUAUACGGCCGGCCUGACGACCUCAUCUCCCGCCCAGGCACCCCUUCGACAUUCACCACCUUUGUCGAAAACAGCCCCUACGGCAGCCCUUACGCAAAACACAAGGACUCGGGAUCCCGCGCCGCGUCUCGAGCGAGCAGCAGGACGCGACUGGGCGACAUGGAACACGACGGCACAAGCUACGCACCAGGCUACCAGCACACGCCCACCACCGACGCGCUCCACGAGCAGGAUAUGGUCGAUGUGGAUAUCCCCGCCACGCCGCUGGAUGCAGACGAGAUGCUCAGGACAACGGGGAGUCGACAGCCGCUUAUCGACCGUAGGAGCAGAGACUCGAGUGCGGAUGGGGCGUACUUGAAUAGGAGUAUGAGGAAUCAGGAUACGAGUUAUGAACGAUAUAGACACAUGUGA